AUGGAAAUUUUGAGCAAACUACCCAUCACCACAAUCCGCAAUUGCAGGUGCGUGUGUUCAAAUUUCCGCAACUUAAUUUCAGACCCUGAAUUUGCUGAACUGCACCUCCCUACAUCAAAACCCCACCUCCUGUAUCGCGGCGAUGUGUGUACCGAUGACACCCUUUUCACACUCAAUCUGCCUGAGGGAUUGGAGGUUUUGAGUUCCUGCAAUGGGACUAAUCAAUACAAAGUGUUGCGGUUUUUAACUCCGAGUAUGGGACUAAUCAAAUUGGAGGCUGAAAUCAACACUUUAGGGACUGAUUUGUGGAGGAGAGUUGGAGAUGCUCCGCGCUACAUGCAUUGGUAUUCGGGCGGUUGCUUUUUGAAUGGGGCUCUGCAUUGGAUUGUCCACGGCACCGAGAAUCGCUUCGAAUCGAUGUGUUGUUUUGACUUUGGGAAGGAGCGAUUCCAACCGUUUCCAGGGCCUUCUAACUUUCGUGGACUUCGGGUGGAAUCGAUGAAUAUGGGGGUGUUGAAGGAUGGUCUGUCGGUAUUUUAUCGAACUACUAUCCAAACGCUUGAUUUAUGGGUGAUGAAGGAUUAUGCGGUUUUCGCAAGCACAUUAAUUGGGACUUUCCUUCUCUUUGGAAAGAACAUAAUUGUGGAAAGUAAAGCUUCUGUAUUAGCCGAUGUAGGAUGUCACCUCGCCUUCUCUCUUCUGCAAUGCUCAUUCAGCUUCACUUGCCCUCUGCAGGCCCCGUCUAGGCAAAAGCUGUGUGAGGGUGCUAGCGGCCGGUGGUGGUCCAGGAAUGAGUAG